AUGGCGGAUGACCUCCCCCCGUUAUGGUUCCCACCCAUGAGUAGCGACGAUUCAUCCGAUAGUAGCAUUCUUUUUUUUCAAAAUCUCAUCGAAGAAGCCGAACUUCAAGAUACCGGCACAUCUAACCGAAGGAGAUAUAUUGAACGUCAACGUGAGGAGGGGCAUGAGACACUCAUGGCGGAUUAUUUUGUCGAAGACCCGAAGUACAACGAAGAUAUCUUUCGGCAUAGGUUCCGUAUGUCGAAACGUUUGUUUCUACAAAUUGUGUCCGAUGUGGAAGAGAACGACCCGUGGUUUGUAGAGGCCCCCGAUGCGCGAGGUAGGAAGGGCUUUACGCCCUUGCAAAAGGUGACAUCGGCUAUUAAACAGCUCGCAACUGGAAACACUCCAGACGAGAACGACGAGUACUUGCAUAUGGCCGAAAGAACUUCCCGCGAGUGCCUAGAAUAUUUUUGUGACACGGUUUGCAAAAUAUAUGGUCCAGAGUUCUUACGUAGACCGACAAGCCACGACAUGGCACUUUUAUACCAAGCUCAUGAGGAAAAACAUCACCUUCCAGAGUAUCGAGGCCAAUACAUGCGAGGAGAUCAUAGAUACCCGACUAUUAUGCUCGAAGCGGUUGCUUCUCAAGACUUAUGGUUUUGGCAUGCUUUUGCCGGUCCACCGGGUUCUCAAAACGAUAUCAAUGUUCUACAAUAA